AUGGCUAAGAUAGUGCAAGCGUCAGGCGUGGCCGUGGACGAUGAAGUCAUCAAUUUGUUCAAUGAUAUCAAGAAGCACAGGAAGCAGAAGGCGGCGUUCUUCCGCCUCAGCGACGACAAGACGAAGAUCAUCGUGGACCACUGCAUGAAGGUCAUGUGCGACGACGCCGACCCUUUCAAAUCCUUCAAGGACAUGCUCCCGAAAGAUGACUGCCGAUUCAUCGUCUACGACGCGUUGUUCGACACGGAGGAUUCCAAAAAUAGGGAACAAAUGAUCUUCAUCAGCUGGGCUCCCGAUACCGCUACCGUCCAGAAAAAGAUGAUCCACGCAUCCUCCCGUGAAAACAUCAAGAAACUCUUUGGCCUGACUGCGGAGUGGCAGGUGAACGAUUUAUGCGAAGUUCAACCUGAAGAUCUGGCUGAAAGGUUGAGCAGGGAUACCGUGGUCUGCAUAGACGGGAAGGUCUUACCGGGUAAAUGCGGCUGA